GCUUUCCUUUCCACAACUCCAUCUCUCCCUCUCUCGUCUCUCCCAUGGAAGUCUGAGCGUAAAACUUCAAUCCCUCACUUUCCCAAAUCCCUCCCGGAUCAAAACCUUAAAAAUCGAUUCGAAGAAUGGCGUAUCUUUCAGCUUCGAAACCAUCUCAUUUCCAUCCCAGAAACCUCUCAAAUGUCUCCACCCCACUUUCGCUAAAAUCCCUCUUCUUCUUCUGCUCAUCCCCAGGUAGUAACCCAGAUCAGGGAACAGCGCCCAUUUCACCAACUGAAUCCACUGGGCCAGAAACACGGAAUGUUGAUCCUGCGGCAACGCCAUCCAGAAGCCCAAGAGGUAAGCAUCGUCGUCUUCAGAAAAACCCAGAAAAAUUAGAAGAUAUUAUCUGUAGAAUGAUGGCUAAUCGUGCUUGGACUACCCGUUUACAGAAUUCUAUUCGCAAUUUGGUUCCUAGCUUUGAUCAUGAACUUGUUUAUAAUGUACUUCAUGGUGCGAAAAACUCUGAGCACGCGCUCCAGUUCUUCAGAUGGGUGGAAAGGGCUGGACUUUUUCAGCAUACUAGAGAAACCCAUUUGAAAAUUAUUGAGAUUUUAGGCCGAGCUUCGAAGCUCAAUCACGCCAGGUGUAUUCUGUUGGAUCUGCCACAAAAGGGGGUCGAGUGGGAUGAGGAUAUGUGGGUUCUGUUGAUUGAGAGCUAUGGUAGCGCGGGCAUUGUGCAGGAGAGUGUGCAGCUGUUUCAAAAAAUGGAGGAGUUGGGGGUUCAGAGGACGAUAAAAACGUAUGAUGCUUUGUUUAAGGUUAUAAUGCGCAGAGGGCGGUAUGGGAUGGCCAAGAGGUACUUUAAUAAGAUGUUGAAGGAGGGGAUUGAGCCCACAAGGCAUACCUAUAACCUUAUGAUUUGGGGGUUUUUCCUUUCUUCGAAAGUGGAAAGUGCGGUAAGGUUCUUUGAGGAGAUGAAAAGUAGGGAAAUUUCACCUGAUGUUGUCACUUAUAAUACCAUGAUCAAUGGGUAUUGUCGUGUUAAAAACAUGGAGGAGGCUGAGAAGUAUUUCGUGGAGAUGAAGGGGAGGAAUUUAGAGCCAUCAGUGAUAACUUACACGACUUUGAUUAAGGGUUUUGUUUCUGCUGGGGGAGUUGACAAUGCAUUGAGAUUUCUGGAAGAAAUGAAGAAAUUUGGGAUUAAGCCAAAUGCUAUUACGUACUCAACCUUGUUGCCAGGGCUGUGUGAUGCAGACAAGAUGUCCGAAGCUGAUAAGAUUUUGAAGGAGAUGGUCGAAAGACAUAUUGCUCCAAAUGAUGACUCAAUCUUCACGAGACUGUUGUCUGGACAGUGCGAGGCAGGUCAUUUGGAUGCGGCUGCUGAUGUGCUCAAAGCAAUGAUUCGCUUGAGUAUUCCAACAGACGCUGGGCAUUAUGGUAUCCUGAUAGAGAAUUUCUGUAAGGCUGGUGCGUAUCAACGAGCUGUUCAAUUGUUGGAUAAGCUUAUAGAGAAGGAAAUCAUCUUAAGACCACAGACUACUUUGCAAAUGGAGCCUAGUGCUUACAAUCCAGUCAUUGAGCAUCUAUGCAACAAUGGACAGACAAGAAAAGCUGAGUUGCUUUUGCGACAGUUGAUGAAAAUGGGUGUCCAGGAUCCAGUUGCCUUCAACAAUCUGAUUCGUGGCCAUUCAAAAGAAGGUACUCCUGAGUCAGCUUCUGAACUUUUGACAAUCAUGGUUAGGAGGAAGGUUGUUUCAGAAGCAAGUGCUCACGUAUCACUUAUCGAAAGUUACUUGACCAAGGAUGAGCCUGCUGAUGCUAAGUCAGCUUUGGAUACUAUGAUUGAGAAUGGUCAUCUGCCAGACUCGUCUCUAUAUAGGUCAGUGAUGGAGAGCUUGUUUGCAGAUGGAAGGGUUCAAACAGCAAGCAGGGUGAUGAUGACUAUGCUGGAGAAGGGUGUGAAAGAGCACAUGGAUUUGAUUGCUAAAAUCUUGGAGGCUCUCCUUCUGAGGGGCCAUGUAGAGGAAGCCCUGGGAAGAAUUGAAUUGCUUAUGCAAAAUGGACUUGCACCUAACUUUGAUAAUCUUCUGUCCAUUCUCUGUGAGAAAGGGAAGACAAUUGCUGCUUUGAAGUUGUUAGAUCAUUGUUUACAGAGAGAUUAUAGUGUUGACUUCUCCAGCUAUGAUAAAGUUUUGGAUGGCCUUUUAGCUGCUGGAAAAACUCUUAAUGCAUAUUCAAUUCUGUGCAAGAUAACGGAGAAAGGAGGAGUUACAGACAAAAAUAGCUAUGAAGACUUAAUCAAGACCCUUAAUGCAGAGGGAAACACUAAGCAAGCAGAUAUUCUUUCAAGAAUGAUCAUGGCCUCCGAUAGCAAGAAAGGAAAGAAACAAGCGGCUAUGGCAUAGUUGGCCGCCUCUUUAUUCUGGACUCUUCGAAUUUGAGGGUUACAACUUUUGAUUUUAGCAUACUUUAACGUGAUAUUAUGGGUUUAGCUAAGUGGCAGAAUAGUUCAGGUCAAAUUGCAUGUCUUUUUUAAUCUUAAAUAGCAGAAUCUAAUUGUUUUCUGUAGAAAUUAUGAAAGUCUACCUCUUCAGAAUAAAUAAAAGAAGGAAAUAUGCUGCUGAGGUUUUCAUAAAAGCAUAUAACCUUGUAUUCAUAUUAUUGACACUUUGACACUGUACUGUAUACAAGAAAGCCAAAUUUUUGCAUUUA